CAGACAUUGAGUGUGUUGUGCAUAGACAAAACUUGCGCUCCACGGAUAGGUUGAAACGACAGUCAAGAUGUCGUGGUUGCUCAACAAGAAGAAGGGCCAGAUUGAGCCGAUACGACGUAGUCAGACGUCCAUGCAGUCGACCACCGGGUCCAUGACGCCAUCACAGUUGGACCUAGCCAUCAGGGACAUGCUGCAGACCAACCCUCCUCGCUUUGCAUGGGAGAAUUUCUGUCGAGGGAACCCGAUCACUUCUUCUGGCAAGAGGAAGCAGCUGUUUAAGAUGGUGUCCAUCGUGAUGAUCCCCGUGGCUGUGUUGACGGGGCUGACAGGGAACACCUUCUUCGCAACUUUCACCAACUACGUCCAGUCGUCCAAGAUCAGAGCAACUCUCUUGUACAGUGUCGAGCUGGGAGCAGUUAUCCAUUAUCUGCAGGAGGAACGGGACAUGAGUGCCCUGUACCUGAGCUCCAUAGAGGAGAAGACAAAGACCUUGCUGUUACAACGGUACCCCGAGACUGACCGGUCCUUGGAGAAGCUGACCUUCUGGACCACAGGACCGACGCUCACCAGGACGGAGUUCCAGUCCAAGGACAAGUUUCUCUCCUACCUCAACAGGCACAGAUACGAACUGGACACUUUGAACCAGACCGUUACGAUGGAGUUACAGAUGUACACGACUCUGAUCCGGGUUUUCAUCACCUGGCUGUACGAUGCCGUGACAGAGGACCAGUCAGGCUCCAUAUGGCGCAGUCUGGUAGCAUACCAGGAAAUCAUCAUUGCCAAAGAGUACAUGGGUCUUGAGCGAGCUUUGGGAACCAUUUUCUAUGCCUCGGGCAAGUUUCCGUCACGUGACGUGUACCUGUGGUUUUCCGAGAGCCAGGACGUGACAAAUGCUACCUUCCUGUCUGCUAGGCGGUAUUCGGAUCUGGUGCAUGCGUUGUACGAACGAAAUAUAAACGGUAACCGAAUGUUGCUGGGUGUGCUUGGACGAAUGAGAGCGGAGAUCAGACGAAAUGACCUGGCUGGUCGUGGGUCAGUCAAGAUGGCGCAGUUGUGGUUCGGCAACAUGACUCGCUACAUGGACCUGCUGCUGGAGACCCAGAAGGAGCUCGCUGACGAGAUCACACAGAUGCUGGACGAAAGGCAGGCCACGAACUUGCAGAAGAUGGUGGCGAUCUCCAUCGUGUUUGUCUGCGUCUUCAUACUGUGUCCUGUCAUAAUAUACGCAGUGUACUCUUUGACCAAUGAGAUUCAAAAGUAUUCUAUAACACUGGCGGAGAGGACGAAAGCUCUGAAUAAAGAGAAACGACGGACGGACACGUUGCUGUAUCAGAUGUUACCGAAGUCAGUGGCUGACAUCCUCAAAAGUGACGAGGAGUUUCAUGCCGAAAACUACAGCGAGGCCACCAUCUUCUUCUCCGACAUCCAGGGCUUCACUCAGAUCUCGGCUCGCAGCUCCCCCGUACAGGUGGUGCAGAUGCUCAACAGCCUCUACUCCUGCUUCGACGACAGGAUCGCCCAGUACGAGGUCUACAAGGUGGAGACAAUCGGGGAUGCCUACAUGGUGGUGUCAGGAAUACCCAGGAGAAACGGACAGCGUCACGCGGCUGAGAUCUGCACGAUGGCCCUAGACUUGCUGCACCACAUCAGUCGACUGGAGAUUCCCCACCUUCCAGGCACGAAAUUUAAACUGAGGAUUGGUUGCCAUUCAGGUUCGGUAGUAGCUGGCGUCGUGGGAACUAAGAUGCCGAGGUACUGUCUGUUUGGUGAAACCGUCAGCGUUGCCGCCAAAAUGGAAGCUCUAGGGAAGCCCGGUCGAAUCCACCUGAGUCAAACUUCUCAAGACGCCCUGUUGGCAUUUGGAGACUUCUAUGUCGAAGAACGAGAAGACAUGCUGGCUAAGGAGGACCGAGAGCUCCAGAUGUUCCUCAAGGGAGAUGUGCAUACCUACUGGCUGACUGGGAAAUCCGGGAUGACUAACGCUAGUCCAAGUUCCAGAUCCGGACAAAAAUACUCCUCGGCGGAAUCCACGGACAGUGAGGAAAAACUGCACCAGGACGCGAAUUUUGGAUUUCACUGAUAGGUGG